AAAUAAGAUUUCAGUUUGUCAGGGGGAAAAGACUCCAUUGUUGUGUCUUAUGAUGGGUGCAGACGGUGCAAAGCUUCCAUUACAUCUCGGGAUGGUUUAUUUAUUUUAGCCUACGUGCAGUCCGACUUAACACUGGCAAAGUUAAAGCAUAUCAGUCCUGGCUUGGCACCAUCUUCGGGAAACCCGCAGGCACUAUCGAACUCACGAGAAGUCUAAUUGUUUCUCCCAUUGCGAAGGGUGCCAUUCUGGUAUCAUUGGUUUCCUGAUAAUCCCUUGGGAUAUUUUCUUAAUACUGGCUGCAAAGCUCGGCGUCCACAUAUAUAGUCUCACAGCGAUGAAAGGUCAUUGGACGAUUAUGAUUAAGAGCUGAGUUUCAAAUUUCCAUUGAAACAUAUUCAGAAUGAAAGUAUGACUCGUUUAUAAGGUUAUUUUCUCCUGGUUUGGUAACUUGAUACGGGAUUUUAUUUACAGCAAAUUACCACUAAUUAAAUCGGCCUAGGUAACUGUAGUUCAUCCUAAACUCGCCCUGAGCCAAAAUCGAUUCUUUAGUGACGCUUGAGUUUCCUCUCUCUGCUGAAGAUGUUCUACGAUCCUGUUCUGUUAGUCAAAUGGAUUGUUGUGGUUUUCUUAUUCCCGUCAAUGUUAAAUCUCUUGGAAGGUCGCAUUUGUAGUAAGCCAAUACCUGGAUUCGACGCUCCUCAAGAACCUCGACAACUUCAAGCUGAGCACAACGAGGGGGUUUGUUGGGAUCCAUCAUGCAUCGAAAUAGCAUCAGAAUUGAUGAAGUCUAUCAAUCCAAGAAAGGAUCCUUGCGAGAACUUCUAUGAGUACGCCUGUGAUGGUUGGAUCAAGAAUAACCCAGUACCAAAUGGUUUAAUGUCGUGGGACCAAUGGUCCCUUAUUGAAUCUCAAGUUGAAGAUUUCCUGAAGAAAGCCUUGGUUGACGAUAGUUUAAGACAAUUAUAUGAAAAUGUGUCAGCAGUUGCUAAAACGUACGAAUUCUACGAAUCAUGUGUCAAUCUUCAAGAAAAAGCURCCACCAAAGGAGGGCCAGUAACACAGUUGAUCAAUAAGUACGUCCCUUGGCCUGUCGUGGAUUCAAACUGGAGCGACGUAAAAUACAGUUUCGAUCAUGUGAUGGCAAGGAUUACCAGGGAGUUAAAUAUUAACCCCUUUUUGCAGCUUGUGGUUCAAAGUGAUCUUAAGAACAGUAGUUUGAACAUUAUUACGAUCCAACAAACGUUCGAGUUUGGACUUUUCCACAAUCAGCUCAUCAAAAAUUUCAGUGGCGCAUUACAGGCUAGGGCCGCGUAUAAAGAAGUGAUUUACAACAUGUCCUUGCUACUUGGUGCCACAGACAAGACUCAAGCAUGGAAAGACGCUGGGGAUAUUAUGGGAGUGGAGCAAUUAUUAGCAAGGACUGGUAAAGGUUAUGUAGAUUUUGAUGAGGAAUUGUAUUAUGGAAAGUUCAAAUUGAGUGACUUUAUGAAACGUGCUGGGAAUAAACCGCUCAACUGGUUGGUAUUCUUAAAUGAGGUGUUUCGUGGAAUUAAACGCAUUAAACCUGAGGACGAGAUUAUCGUUACAGAUUUACCAGUUGUUCUUAAAGUCUUAAAAGAGCUAGAAAAAUUACCGGAAAGAACAAUUUUGAAUUACCUAGGAUGGAAGAUCCUGUUUAAGAAUUUCUAUUACGUUAGCAAAGAAUUUGAUGAGAUCCACAAAUUGUUUCGAAAGAAGGCGUGGGGAGUCGAUUCAUUUAAUCURGUUGAAGGAUGUCGCAAUAAAGUAAAAACACAUUUUGGUAUGGCGAUAUCGAGAGUUUAUGUUGACAAGAAAUUCCCUGGAAAUAGUAAGCAAUUGGCACAAGAAAUAGCUUCAUACAUCAACAAAGUCUUCCAAGAGACACUGCAAAACAGCGAGUGGAUGGAUGAAAAAUCAAAAAACGCUGGCAUUGAAAAGGUUAAAGCUGUAGGAGGCCAUUAUGGUUAUCCAGAUUAUGUCACGAAYGACUUUGAACUUGGUGAAAAAUUUAAGCAAAUAAAUAUUAGAAAAGAUUCGCUGUUUGACUCAAUGCUAUCGAUUGUGUCCAGCAAACGUUUGGGAGAGCUGUCGCUUAUCAGUGAACGUCCAGAUCGGUCAAAAUGGACUGUAGACCCGCUACUUGUGAAUGCAAAUUACUUACCAUUGUACAACACUAUGAAUUUUCCUGCGGCAUUUCUUCAGCCUCCAUUUUACGACAAGAAGUACAUAAAGGCAAUUAGCUUUGGCGGCGUUGGAGCCAUCAUUGGCCACGAACUGAUACACGGCUUUGAUGUCUCAGGGAAGAAUUUUGACAAGGACGGUAAUAAUGUUCAAUGGUGGACGGAYGAAACUCUCGCGCAUUACAAUAAUCGAACCAAAUGCCUGGUGGAUCAGUAUAACAACUUCCUUUAUGAAGGAUUAUAUCCGGUUGAUGGUGAGGGUACGUUAGCUGAGAAUAUUGCAGACAAUGUUGGAAUAAGAGAAGCUUACAAGGCAUAUCAGAGUUGGAUAAAAGUAAACGGAGACGAGCCACGACUUCCUGGGACAYUGUUUAGCAACGAACAAGUUUUCUUCCUUAGCUUUGCAAGAAUGUGGUGCAAGAACGUGGAACCUUUUUUUCAAGAAUACGAGGCUUUUAGCGUUCAUUCUCCUUCUCCCUUUAGAGUCAACGGUGCACUCCAAAACUUCCCAGAAUUUUCYAAAGUUUUUAAAUGUCCAUUGGGCUCCUUCAUGAAUCCCGAAAAGAAAUGUGCAACGUGGUAGCCAUGGUGACAAGUCACGUGCAAU